AUGGCGACGCCGAGCGAAGAAGCAUCGACUCUUUUCUUCAUCAAGAAGCAUCUCCUCGACGAAUUGUCUCCCCUGUCUACCGCCACCACCAAUCGAUGGAUGAUCAACGAAUCAGACUCCACCUCCGAUUUCUCAUUCUUCGAAUCAUUUGCUCAUUCUGAUUUCCCUUCAUUUGAUCAAACCGGUUUCGAGUUUUCCGAAUAUGAAACCAAACCGGAAAUAAUUGAUCUCGUGACGCCUAAAUUCACUGACUCGAUUUCGGUGAAAGAAGCUGAAACUCAAUUUGUAUCGAACGAUUCUUUUACUUUCCAAUCGAUUAAUCGGAAACCGCCGUUGAAGAUCGCACCGCCGAGCAGAACAACCACCGAGUGGAUCCAAUUCGCAACCGUAAAUCCUAAACCGGAACCGUUAGUAAUCGCAGAGGAAGAGAAGAGGCGUUACAGAGGAGUGAGGAUGAGGCCGUGGGGGAAAUUCGCGGCGGAGAUUCGAGAUCCGAACCGCCGUGGAACUAGAGUUUGGCUCGGGACGUUUGAAACCGCGAUCGAAGCGGCUAGAGCUUACGACAAAGCAGCGUUUAGACUCCGAGGCUCGAAAGCGAUUGUCAAUUUCCCGCUCGAAGUUGACAAUUGGAACAAGAAACGGAAAAGAGACGGCUGCGACGAGGAGGAAGCGACGGUGGUUGAGAAGAAAGUGCCGAAGACGGAGGAGAAGGAGAUUGACGCCGUUAAAGUUGAGGCGGCGAUAGAUGAGUGGGACUUCACGGAGCUUUUGAACAUGCCGCUUUUAUCGCCGUUAUCUCCACACCCGCCGUUUGGUUAUCCACAAUUGACUGUUGUUUGA